AUGGUUGCCCAGAAUCCAGCUUCUAUCAGCGCAGGAGGCCGCAAGCAGCCUCAGAAGCAAGAAAAAGUUCAGAAGAAACUACAGAAAAAAAUCUGGGUAGUUAAACUACAACGUAUUCCGUUCGGUUUUUUUGAAAAGGAACUGCUUGGUUAUUUUCGUCAGUUCGGAAAUGUACUUCGCAUUCGUGUCGCUAGAAGCAGAAAAACGGGAAACCAUAAAGGAUGGGCAUACGUUGGAUUUGAUAAUAAGUCUGUAGCGGAGAUUGCCGCUGAAUCGAUGAAUGGAUAUUUGAUGUUCGAACAAAGACUUGGUUGCAAGGUCAUGAAACCAGCUCUCAUCCCAAAAUCCAUGUUGAAAGGGCCACUUCUUGUAAUGCGUCCAUCAUACCUCGGUCUUGCUAAGAAAGAUUCCAUUGCGAGGAACAAUGCUAGCGGCAAAAAUGACUCCGCAAAUACGAAGAGACGCUCAAACAAUCUCAAUAAAACAUUGGCCAAGUUGCAAAACAUGGGUAUCAAUUAUGAUUUUCCUGUAGCCGGAACCGUCAACAAGCCACCGAAGAAAGUGGUAGAUAAUGAUGUUCAAGUUAUCGAGUCGACAAAGUCUAUCCUCCCGAAACAGAUAACUCCAAAAGCUGUCACACAUUCAACUCCAAAAGCGGCAACUCUGAAAACAGCUACGGCAAAGGCGGAGACCCCAAAACAGAACACUCCAAAAGCUGUAACUCCAAAAGUGGCGACCCCAAAGCAAACUUCUCCGAAAACUCCUACUCCAGUGGCUCCAAAAAAAGUUGUGAUCAAAACUCCACAAACAGAAAAAGUCAAAAAAGUAGAGAAGAUUUCGUUCUCCCCAAAAACUCGUGCUGCCAAGGCUGCAGCGCUCGGAACUCCGCAGGCGAAGUCAACUCUUUCUAAGACGAUCAUGAAAUCUGUAGCUGCAAGCGCUCGUCCAGCUGCUGUUGAAAAGAAAGCUGCAGCGAAGAGCCGUGGAAAGAAGAAGAGUUUGUAA